GACUCAGCACGCACCGCGCGCUUUCUAUCUGGGAACUUUCAAAAAGGAUUCGUUAUAAACUCAUCACCUUCAUGUCGGCUCUGCUGAAUAUUUCCUCACCGAUGCUAUGGUUACCUUUAUUACGAUCUUACAGGUGAAUCUAGUGAUGUCCAUCUUGCUGUACGUGAUGUUCCUCAUGUACCUCUAUGGUAUCUCAGCUUCUACGAUGGACACGCAGCGGCCCACGCAGGACCCCAUCAACACACUCAUCAUAAAGCUCCUGCAGGCUGACAUCAGUCGCAGCCGACAAAAGCAGGAUGACGUGCUCCCUUCCUACACCUUAAACCCACCCUCAGUGACGGAUUACAAGGAGAACAUCAGUGACCAGUCCAUGACGGACAUCUCGACGGAGCUUCUGCGUCAGCACAAACGUUACAACUCGCCCCGUGUGCUUCUCAGCGACCGGCCUCCGCUGCAGCCGCCACCGCUCUACCUCAUGGAUGACUUCGUCAGCAACCAGGAUGGCAGCGGUGCCAACAAGACUCGGCAGAAGCGCAACACUGAGCACAAGAGCUACAGGGGCGAGUUUUCAGUAUGUGACAGCGUCAGCCUGUGGGUGACGGACAGGACCACUGCUGUGGACAUUAAGGGACAAGUGGUCAAGAUUUUGGGGUCUGUCAAUGCAGGACGCACAAACAUCAAGCAGUACUUUUACGAGACGAGAUGUGACACCGGCAAGUCCCAAAAGGGCAGCUGUCGGGGCAUCGACGAGAAGCACUGGAACUCACAGUGCAAAACCUCGCAGACUUUUGUGCGUGCUCUCACUCAGGAUGAAUCGUCGGUGGGAUGGCGCUGGAUACGAAUAGACACCUCGUGCGUCUGCGCGCUCUCACGCAAACACCGCAGGACGUGAAAAACACCUCAGCCACUUCUCCACUGUCUUUUUUAUGUUCCCUGGGGGGAGGGCUGUAAAUAUAUAAAUAUAAAUUAUUAUUUAAGUUAUAUGGAAUGCAUAUAGUUUAUACAUGUCUAUGUAUAAUGUAUAAAUAUACUUGUUAUUUAUUUAAGUUGUUUGCAAAAAAAAAAGAAAAAAAAAGAGACUUACAAUAAUAUGCAAUGCCGCUAAGCUACAGGAGCAUUGCAUGCUGAAUUGUGCCUUGCUCACAUAUCAGAGUCAAAGGACACAUCACCUGGACCUUGGGAACAGUUGCAAUGGAAAACACAGAUCACUCAAUAUCAUAUUAACUUCAGUAUUGUUCAUGAAAACCAGUUUUUCUACUGAAACAGGCUGCCAGUAUAUCCUCUUCGUGUCUGGGAAAAUGAGUCACAGUUGGGAUGUUGUCAUAUUUUGUUUGGAAAUGUGUAAACAUACAGUAUAUGUAUCAAAACUGCAUGAAAUACCUAAGAAGUAUAUAUUUUUCUAAGCACUCCUAUUAGUGGUUUAAAGAUGCAGAAACUUGUGCAGAGAGUCAAUCCUAGCAGAACAUAUGAACCAAAAAGUGACGGUUUAGUGAUACACAAUCUAGGCCGUAUUUUGAAUUCUAGAUGGCCUUCUGAAAAUGUUUAACAUCAUUUUAGAAAUUGAAUUUAGUGCAUUCCAACAUAGCCGCAAUGAAGUGGGAACGACAACAUCCAAGUAUUGACUUUGAAGAGUCCAAUCAUGAAAUUAUUGCUCACCAUCGUGUAGCUCAGUAGCCCUGAAGAAGCUCCUCAGCAAAUGGAGGCACAAAGACUCCUCCCACUAGCCAUGCCCUUUUCUGAAGCCCUGCCCAGUCUACCAGAAACAACCAGAAAUAAGCUUACUACACUUUUAGUCUCUUUUCGAUCACCUGCCAUGAUCAGUAGCAACUUGACCACCUUAAAGAAUGAAGCCAGCACACAUAAGAGCAGCAUGUAAACAAAAUGGGCCGUCGCUAAUGACAAUGUAGUGUUACACAGAGGUAAAGCUGCCUUAAGACGAUGUGCAUACUUGCAGAGCUGGGAUUUGAACAUGUAAUCUCCCCCUUAAUAGGGUUUCCCUCUUGUCAGACUCUUCUUAGGAGAUAAGCAUUUCGCCAGUGCGCUGCGGCUAAAAAAAGGCCUGCUGUACAUUUAUAUAAAGAAACUUGCUCAUCACUAGUCAGGAGAUACUAAGGUGAAGAUUAGCAGAUACUAAGAUUUGCGAUAUGCAAUGACUUAUUGCAUGGAUCAUGAAUCAGCCUCUUGAACAAAUUAACAUGAUUUGUACUCCUUCACAUUAAAUAUGAUAUCAAGACAACACGUUUGUCAGCAAAGCGUAUAAGAGAAUGUAGGCAGCAUUUGAAGCCAUUUUAAGAGCAUUUUUAAAAGGCCAGGCAGAUGCGGCUCGGCUUUUGUUCAGGCUUAUUUUGGUGACGUAUGACCCAGGUCACCUUUGAUUGGACAAGCCGUCCAAGUAGCCACAAGAAUCCAAAAUAUACCACCUACAUAUCAUAUUUACUUUUGUACCGGCAUAUAAAACUUGCAGGUUAAGCCAGGAUGGGGCCCAAACCCAUUACUACAUCAAGUGAAGUGCCAAGACUUCGUCCUCCAAGGUCUGAGCAUAAAGCUUUAUUAGCAUGAAAUUGUAUUAUAUUGCGACUAUAAAAAGAUCAGUAUAAAAAAGUGUUUUAUUGCUUUUUAAUGCUUCACGGGUUGCUGGAUUAAAGGCACUUUUUACGUUUUUUUUUUGUGGCUGACGACUCUGUUCGUGACCUGAUAUUCAGUGCUUGUAUUGGAUGGGAGGUUGUGAAACAGAGAAACAGGGUAUGGGCUCAGAUUUGAAACCACAGACCACCAAGGAUACAACACACCUUUUUCAAUCUCUGAUUACGUCCCGCUUCAGUAUGGCCCUCUGCGGAAAAACAGGAUAAAAGCUGAACACAGGAACUCCAUUUUCCAAGGAUGCUGUUGGGAAUUGGCCCACACAGUUGUCCAAAUGAAUUGCCUUUUCUGUAAAACACAUUAUUACACUGGAACAUGAGGAUCCCUAAAUGAUUUUGACUUCUUGGAUGACAUUCACCGAAACAUUCCCAUGUAUUUUAUGCUGUCUUGAAAAUCCCUGCUGGUGUCAUGCAUACUGUGUAGGAUUCUUGCUGCUUUAAACCACUACAACUACCCUUAUAAUGGACCAAUGGCCAUUGCCGAAACCCAAGGACAAGGACUCUUUUAUGAUGAAAUGAAACUGUGCCAAAACACAACAAACUAUAUUUAAGGACUACAUGCUUCUUAAUUAUAUUCAGACAUGAAUGUUAUCACUGGUAUGUCAAAAAAUCAAAUUGCAAGACAAAUCCCUAUUUUAGUAAAGAAGAAAGAUGGUAAUUGUUCAGUGAAGUAGUUUGUUUUGGCUGUACCUAUAACCCAUUGUUUGUAUUUUUAUUUAAUGUUUUUUGAAAGAGAGACUUUUCCCAUAGUGGCAGUGUUUCUCAAAAUGUCUUUCUCGUGCUGAUACUUGAAGGAGUGCUGUUUAUCUGGCCUACAACAUUC